AAUGCAGGUGUGGAGAAUAAGACCCUGGCAGGGGCUGUGUUGGAUAAAGGCACAGAGAAAAGCCCCACUAAAGCCAGACAGCCGCGGAAGGUGGACCUCAGGGCACGCUACUGGGCCUUCCUGUUUGAUAACCUGCGCAGGGCUGUGGAUGAGAUCUACGUGACAUGUGAAUCGGACCAGAGCGUGGUGGAGUGUAAGGAGGUACUGAUGAUGUUGGACAACUACGUUAGAGAUUUCAAAGCCUUGAUAGACUGGAUCCAACUACAGGAGAAACUGGAGAAAACAGACGCUCAGAACAGGCCGACGUCUUUGGCAUGGGAAGUACGGAAGAUGUCUCCUGGACGCCACGUCAUAUCCAGUCCGUCCUCAGAUCGCAUCGUUCCAUCUCCAAGUGUGCGCCGCUCCCUCAACUUCGGAGGUCCUCCUUCCACAUUGGCCGUAGCACGUCUCUCUCACUCGGGUCCAAGCUGGGCCGACCGGGUCAAGUCCUCUCAGUCCGUUUCUGUGGCCAGUCAGAGCGCCACGUGUCCUGCAGAGAAACCAGGAAAGAAGGAUGCUGAGGGCUGGGAAACAGUCCAGCGGGGUCGUUCUAUGAGACCAAGGUCGACUGCCGUGGUGGCCAAGGUCAGUCCAGUCCUGGCUCACGUCAGCCCUAAAGACAGCACAAAGACGACACAGCCGCAGCUCCAGCCUUCCCCCCGGCACAAAGACCAGGGGCCGUCGGAUCAGGAGGGUGUCCAGGACCAGCCUGCCUCCACAGAACAAGGGUCAGACGGGGAGAAAGCCCCCGUAAGCGAGCCCUCGACAGACAGUACGCAGGUCCCAGGGCAGUCUGUCAGCGCCCCGUGCGAGGACGCACCUCCCACCCCAUCAGCCUCCUCUGCUGGCCCCUCCCUAACCCAAACCCAAACCCCAACCCCAACCCCAGUCUCGACUCCAGCCCCCAUCUCAGCCCCGGUGCCUCCUCCAGGCCCGACCAGCACAGAGGAGCCGAGCACGGGGUUGGCCGUGGGGGAGCAGGAGGCAGUGGGGGUGGCGCGGCAGGGCGCGGCACCAUCUGCUGUAGGAGCAGCUCAGAGUCCCCUGGCAGCGGUGAAACUGGAGAGAAUGCUGGAGCCCACAGAGCUUUCCACUCCCCAGUCCAUGGCUGAGGUGCUGGCUAAGAAAGAAGAGCUGGCCGACCGUCUGGAGAAGGCCAACGAGGAGGCCAUCGCCAGUGCCAUCGCUGAGGAGGAGCAGCUGACCCGAGAGAUACAGGCUGAGAACAAAGAGCUGGAGACGGACAACGAGACUGACUUCUCUGCCAGCAUAGGCAGUGGGAGUUUUGGAUUAAACCUGGAUUGGAGUGAGAUGUUGGCUGACUAUGACGCCCGGGAGCCGUGGCGACAGAGCACUUCGUGGGGAGACAUGGUGGAGGAGGAACCAGCCCGGCCUCCCGGCCAUGGCAUUCACAUGCACGAGAAACUUUCCUCACCGUCACGCAAAAGAACUAUAGCAGAGUCCAAAAAGAAACACGAGGAGAAGCAGCUGAAAGCUCAGCAGCUCCGGGAUAAGCUGCGCGAGGAGAAAUCCCACAAACUGCAGAAGCUUCUGGAAAGAGAGAAGGAUGUGAGGAAAUGGAAGGAGGAGUUGUUAGAACAGCGACGACGGAUGAUGGAGGAAAAGCAGCUCCACGCUGAGUUUAAACGAGAGUUGCAGCUUCAGGCCAUUGUGAAAAAGGCCCAGGAGGAGGAGGCGAAGGUGAACGAGAUAGCAUUCAUCAACACUCUGGAGGCACAGAAUAAGAGGCAUGAUGUUCUGGCCAAGCUAAAUGAAUACGAGCAGCGUCUGAAUGAGCUGCAGGAGGAGCGCCAGAGGAGGCAGGAGGAGAAACAGGCCAGAGACGAGGCCGUGCAGGAGAGGAAACGAGCCUUAGAGGCAGAGCGGCAGGCUCGUGUUGAGGAGUUGUUGAUGAAGAGGCGUGAGCAGGAGGCCAGAAUCGAGCAGCAGAGACAAGAGAAAGAGAGAGCGAGGGAGGACGCUGCUCGCGAGAGGGCCAGAGACCGUGAGGAGCGUCUUGCUGCACUGAGUGCAGCCCAGCAGGAGGCCAUGGAAGAGUUACAGAAGAAGAUUCAGAUGAAGCAAGACGAGAGCAGUCGCAGACACAUGGAGCAGAUUGAACAGAGGAAAGAGAAAGCCGCAGAGCUGAGCAGUGGUAGACAUGCCAACACUGACUACGCCCCCAAACUCACGCCAUAUGAAUGCAAGAAACAGUGCUCCCUCUGCAAUGUUGUCAUCACCUCCGAGGUGCACCUGUUCAGCCACACCAAGGGAAAGAGACACCAGCAGGCCGUCCGGGAGAGCAGCAGCAUCCAGGGCAGGGAGCUGUCCGACGAAGAGGUGGAGCACCUGUCCGUAAAGAAGUAUAUCGUUGACAUAGUGACAGAUACCUCAGUGGCUUCAGAGAGUGUGAAAGAUGGAGAGGAAAGACAGAAGGCCCGGAAAAAGGCAAAGAAACUCCGGGCAAGAAUGAACUCAAGGGCGAAGGAGUACGAGACUUCUGUGGAGGCAAAGACCCAGAUCCCAGAUUCUCCUUACAAGGCCAAGCUGCAGCGUCUGGUGAAGGACCUGUUGAAGCAGCUGCAGGGGCAGGACACUGGCCAGUGGGCUAAUAACAGGGUGUCUGGUCUGAACAGAACGCUGGGGGAGAUCUCCCGUAUCCUGGAGAAACAGAACAAUGCAGAUCAAGUAGCAUUCCAGGUAGGAGGGGGUCUCUCUGCGUUGGAACAGAUUCUGCAGGUAGUCACUGCUGCCUCCAGUCCAGCUGCAGUCCCACGCAUUCCACUCAAGUCACUUUGUGCUGCUACGAACACGUAUAACUUGGCCUGCUCUGGCUGCUACACCAACUGCUCCUACGUCCUCUACAGCAACAAAAUUGCCUUCCUCAUGGACCUUCUACUACAUCAGCUAAUGCUGUACGUGCCAGAUGAGGAUAAAUCCAUCUUUGGCCGCAGCGUCAACAAGCAGGUGUUUGAGGGACUGACCACCGGACUGCUGCAGACGAGCGCCUUGAUUUUAGACCUUCUGCGAUCCGGGGGAGCGGAGGGAUCGCAAGGAAACACCCCACGUAUCUGCUCACCUGAUGCCAAGAGCAAAACACCUGCCAACGAGCCCUUCAGUACCCGUGCACAAGACCUCAUCAGCUACGUGGUGAACAUGGGAUUGAUUGACAAACUCUACGGCUGCUUCUUGUCGGUGCAAGGUCCGAUCGAUGAGAACCCCAAAAUGGCAGCCUUUCUGGAACAAGCCACGGCUCUGCUUCACAGCCUGUGUAAACUCUGUUUCUCCGUGACCAGUCGUUCUCCCAGCAUCUUCGACAAUAAACGACAAGACCCGACGGGUCUGACAGCACUCCUGCAAGCCACAGACCUGGUGGGCGUGCUUCACCUACUCUACUGUAUUCUGCUGCACGGUUGCCUGCCUGAUCCUGCACCCCCAGGACCCCCAGGGCCCCAGGAAUCCUACAGCCCCACCGUCAUCAGCGUGGCCCUGCAGGGGGUACGCUUCCUCAACAGCUUCGCCCUGCUCGACCUCUCGGCUUUCCAGUCUGUUCUAGGAGCAGAGGGUCUGUCUCUUGCCUUCCGCCACAUCGUCAGCUCCCUGUUGUGGUACUGCUCCCAGCACCCCAGUGAGGAGCUGCUGCACGAGGUUAUCAUCUGUGUGGGCUACUUCACCGUCAACCACCCUGACAACCAGGUGAUUGUGCAGUCUGGCCGUCAGCCCAGCGUGUUGCAGAAACUGUGUCAGCUGCCGUUCCAGUACUUCAGCCACCCACGCCUCAUCAGAGUACUCUUCCCCUCCCUCAUCUCCGCCUGCUACAACAAUGCACAGAACAAGGCCAUCCUGCAGCAGGAGAUGAGCUGUGUAUUGCUGGCCACCUUCAUACAGGACUGCACUACAAAUGAGAACCACACAGACAACAGAUCAUCACAACAGGGAGAGAAAGGCUCCCCUCCACUGGAUUACUGUGAGCUGCCCAAUCGUUUCCCCCGAGACCAAUGGGAAUCAGCGCUGCAGUUCUUCCUCAAGAAACAAGAGGACUGAUUCUAGAAAGAGAAAUGCACUCUUGUCUUCUUCAACAUGAAAACAGACACAAACUCUCACACCACUGUAAACACUAGUGCACAAAGCCCCACACGGUAGUUCCAUCCCCCAUCUCCUCUGUCUUUGAGCAGUUACUGUAAGGUGACGUGCAUCUCUAAAGUCUCACACAAUACAAAGCUCUUUCUCUGGAAGCAAAUAAAUAACGAAACGAGACCAGCACAAUAGCUCUUUAUUCCAAUUACAAUCAAAGUUGAUUCUGAACUGAAGUAUUUUGUAAACUCAAGUGUCAUAUUAUUUCUAAGUCAUAAAUUGUUGGAGGAAAACAUUUUUUGCUUUGAUUAGAGGGAAUUUAAAGUUACUUAAUGUAUUAUGUAUAUGUAAACUUAAUUUCUAUGCAAGAUACAAAAGAGGAAUGUUGCUCCUUCCUUCAUUAUGUUUUUUUCUCACACCUUUAGUUAACACAGUCUGAGUAUGUCUUGAAUGCAUUUAUGAAUUAUUUUGUUUGUGAGCUGUCUUUGUCAUUGUUCAAGCCUCUGCAUUGCGAAGCACUUAAGUAAAAGUGGU